AGCGUUUGGUUUACGGGCAGCGCUGGAAAAACAGGUGAAAAGUGAAGAAAAUCUAUCCUUAAAGAAUUAAACCAAACCAAACCAAACCAAAAAAAAAAAAGAAAAUACAAAAUACCAAAAACGGGCGCGAAGAUGUGAGCAGCCGCUUUUAAGGAGCCAAGAGAGAGAGUGAAAUACAAAUAAUAAAAUUUUAAUUGUCAUAGCCUAAAGGAAAUAACACAAGGGCUUAAUUUUACUGCGGGAACAGCAGGAAAAGGACGGAGAAAAAGAGGAGAAAUCGACUAAAAAGGAUAAACUUUUGGCACGCAAUGCAGAGGUCCCCAGGCGGGGAGUCGUCCUGGUGCUGGUGCCUGGCCCACUUGCAAAUGGAUUGAACGUGGGGGGAAUGAGGGAAUAUAUAUUCACAUUCAUUCACAUAUCCAGAUACUAUCUACCAAACACUUGCAUGUAUUUAUAUUCAUGUGGAUGCUGAACAUGUGCCAAAGCCUUGGACUGCUUGGAGCUGUCGCUGUUGGUGCCGCUGCUGAAACCGCGAGGGCGAAGCUGUUGCUGGAUUUCGGCCAAGUUAAAUAAACAAAAGAUACACAAAUACAAUCACACAUAGAAACAAAUACAAAUAGACACGCGGACGGUGUAGAGUGGAGACACAGAGAACAACCAUAAACAAAGCUAACCGAAGAGCCAACAAAGGACGAAGGGCAAACAACAAACAACACUCAGCAAAUCCUCAUCGGUUGUGGCCCAGAAAUGGCUGCGCCCAUCGAUGAAAGCGUGCUGAAUGCACUGAGGGGCGUAACCACCACACAGACCCGUUUGCCCAAGCCACUCCUCAUCAAGAUCUAUGUGGCCAGCCUCAAACACGAAUUCAAUCAGGAGCGUCGCAUGCUCCUGGAGCUGGUUGGACCCGAACUGCAAUCGCUCUACGAUGACCGUCAAAUUGAGUUGGAAUUCGUGGAUAUGCAUUUUGGUACGGGUCCAUUGGAAGUGAAUCAAUUGGAGCGUGAUCCUUAUUUGCUAGAGGAUUAUCUACACGAGAUCGACAUCUGUCAUGCCCAUACAAAGAGUGUGUUCUUUUUGGCCUUGAUUGGAGAUGGCAUAGGUCGUCUUCCGGUGCCCAUCCAACUGGACGAGGAUAUCUUCGCGGCUCUGCUGGCCGACGCACAGAUUGCUGCCGAUGGGAAGGCUUUGCUGGAGCGUUGGUAUGACCCGAGCCAAUCCCCGAAAUCGAACUCAGACCAGGCUGUACGAGUCCUCAAGCAGGACUACCGCUUAUUGCCGCUGGAUGAUUGGCUGGCCGAAUCGCAGCAAUUGCAAAAGACUAUCGACCAAUCCCUGCUGCGACUGGUUCAGUCAGGUGCCAAAGGAGACCUUUUGCAACGCAUCCAGCAACUAAGACGCACACAGAUAGAGCACGAAGUGCAGCGGGCAAUGGGUCUGUCUAGCGAGAAGAUUUUAGCCGUAUUUCGGGAGAGAGCCGCUUCCUCCAGCAACAAGGAUGUCGAGGCCAGUGAACGUUUGCGCAAAAUUAAGGAUGAACUGACCAUGAACCUUUCAACGGAUAAUCACACCACCCUAGUUGUGCCGGGCAGUGUCAGCGGCAGCGAGGCUAUCGAUCCGGAUAACGAAGACCAUGAAUCGUAUUUGAGCAAAUUCAAGAAUAAAGUCACCGAUAAGCUGCGUCUGCUAAUCGAGGCGCACAUUACAAAUGAUCCCGACGUUAUCAAGGGGAGGAAAAAGACUGUGCAGGAAAUCUUUCACGAGCAUGCCACCCAUUUGCGCAUCCUGCGUGAACACAUCGAGAGCUCGGCCCUCAUCGAAUCUCGAGUGCCGGCACAAUUACGACAGAACCUGAUGACUAAUUUCAGGAAUGGCAGUCGGCAUGCCCCUUACUUUAUUUGCGGAUCCGAUGGCAGUGGUAAGAGCGCCAUUAUCAGCCAUUUGUAUGGUCAGGUGACCAGCUGGUUCAGCUCGACUCGUGUGCAUCGUGUGAUACGUUUCGCGAAGGCCUCGCCGCGCUCUGCAUACAAUUUGGAACUGCUGCGAGUUAUUUGCCAACAGAUUUCGAUUAUAUUCAAUAUACCCGAGGGUUAUCUGCCAAAGGAUGCCUCGUUCGAUCCGUUAUAUAUAAGCAAUUGGUUCCAGAAUCUGUUGCGACGUGUCGAGGACAUGAAUAACGAUGUCCUGUUCCUUUUUAUUGACGAUUUGCAUUUGCUGAAUCCCCUGGAUUGCGAUAUAGUGACAGCGCUGUCCUGGCUACCGACAUCUUUGCCCUGGAAUGUACAGAUCAUUUGCAGUUCCACAACUCCGGUGGAACAACUGAAGUUCACUCCGAUGCAGAGGGACAGAUUUAGAUCAGCCGAAUACCAGUUCGAUCUGAAUUUAGGCGAAUAUGCCACCAGAUUGAAGAAGCCGCCUCAGUGUAUACCCCAGGACGUGGCCGAUGUGAGCUUCCAGAUCUAUGUGGAGCAGCAGUUUGAUGCCCUGGAAUGGCACUACGGCAAGCAAGCUGUAGGCAGCUUGGCCGCCUACAUCACCUGCUCCGAGUACGGGCUAAGCGAGACGGAGUUGUUGGAGCUGCUGAUGCCCACCGAGGAUCCAGAAUCGUUUAUUGACACUAAAAACGGCUCCUUUAGCUUCUCCAGCUUCAAGAAAAUCCAUAGGGAGAUGGAUAAACUCUUACUGCUGCACGACAAGAUCAUGUCCGGCAAGGUAUUAAUCCAAUGGCGGCACAACUACUGCGCAUCAGUGGCCAAACGACGGUACACUGAUGUCCAGAGGACGCGGCAACUGCACAUUGAGCUGGCGAAUCUUUUUUUCCCGCAAGAGGAUGAGGAGGAGAGCACACUAGAGAAUGAGUCGACAAAAAGCGAAACGAAAUCCGUGAUUAGCCUGAAGGAACUGCUCCCAGCAUCGUCGUCCUCUACAUUAUCCAUAUCACACAAGGACAAAGAGCGCGAAAAGGACAAUGUUUCGGCUGGCCGCAAGUCCUCCUCGACGCACCAUAACGACGACACAUCCACCUUCUACAAUCCCAUUGCUGCCGAUGUAUCCUACAGCAUGCGACAUGUCGAGGAGAGCUGGCACCAUCUCAUGCGCUCGGACGACACGACCCGCUUCAAGCAGAUUGCAGUCUGCAAUUUUGAUUUCCUCCUUGCGGCGGUGCAAACGGUAUCGAUUAGCUAUCUCCGAUGUUUAAUCGAGCAUGUGCGAUGCUAUAUUCUGGAUAGGGACAUCGAGCUCAUCUAUUAUACCAUUCGGAAGUCGAGCGACGUCCUCACCCGUGAUCCCAUGCAGCUGGGAUCCCAGCUAAUUUCCUGGCUGCGUCCCAUCGCGGAGCACGACGACGAUGACAACUCGCUGCUGAGCAUGACAGUGAGAUCGGCCACAGCGUGGUGUGACGGGUAUGCGGUGCCGUUGCUGGUGCCACUAACAGGCUGGUUACCGGCCCCGCUGCCCUCCCAGAUACGCACCAUGACCGUCUCGGGAACAGGUGUCAUUCGUGCGGUUUGUCUGGCCCCCUCCAAACAGCAUUUGAUACUGGCCACCAACUCGGGGGAGGUGCAGCAGUGGCACAUAAUGAGCAACUCGCUGGAGCACAUAUUCAAAGGACAUACGGCGGCAGUCACGUGCCUGCUGGUGGCACCACCGCAACCGGAGUCGGAAUUGCUGUUGACUGGCUCCGAGGACUCUACCGUUUUGGUCUGGCACGUGUCACAGCGCCAACGCCGUGCACACAUCAAUGCCCAUACUGGAGCCAUUACUGGAGUAGCAGCUGGUGUGAAUAAUACCUUGAUCAUUAGCAGCAGCGAUGAUGCAACCAUAGCCAUCACGGAGCUGGCCAGCGGCAAACUGAUUCAUCGCAUUAGCCACCAUCGGGGCCCAGUCACGGGCAUAUUGGUAGCAGGAGCUUGCGAUGUCCUCAUCUCGGGGAGCCAUGAUAAAACCAUUUGCGUUUGGAAUUUAGAAAAUUUUGCUUUAUUGAAUACCAUGCAAAUGACUAGCCCAGUGCUGCGUAUCGAUAUCUCAUGGAAUUCGGUCUUCCUGCUGGCGCUUUGUGACGAUAAUGCUCUGUAUGUACGUACUCUGGCCACCGGCAAGGAGCUGCAUACUCUGAAGGGUCACAAGUCAAAGAUACGCACGAUGUCGAUUGGAAAGGACAGCCAGCGUUGUGUUGUGGGAUGUGAGGAUACCCGUGCUCUGAUUUACGAUAUGCACUCUGGCAAACUCGUGCGAUCGAUGCCUCCGAAUCCGGGUCCGGUUACCGCAACAUAUGCCAUGGAUAAUGAUGAUUUUCUGAUAACCGUGGGGGGAAAUAAAAUCACCUUUUACUCCUUCCGCAACGAGGAACUCUAUGUGAACCCAUACUCACGUAAUCCCAGACGAAAGCGAAGCUUGAAGAAGCACUCACAGGCACAGCGUUCUCCCUCGACAACUUUGCCGCCCAUCACAUGCUUCGAUCUGUCCCGAGACUCUCAACAAAUGGCCAUUGCCUCGGGCAGGAGUGUCCACCUGAUGAGAAUUAACACACCAGAGUUCCAGUGCACUUUGGACGGGCAUUCGGGUGUAGUCAAUUGCUUGAAAUUCGCACCGAAUGGGGAAUUCCUUACAACUGGCUCCGAGGAUCGAUUAGUGCAAGUGUGGAGCUUGGCCGCUGGAGAGAUAACCAAUACUUUCAAGGCUCAUGCUGCUCCGGUGAUAAAAGUGGUGGUGCUCAUGGAUUCCUUGCGCGUAAUCUCCACAGAUCGCGACUCCCUGCUGCUGGUUUGGAUGGCCGACUCUGGCAACCUUCUGCAAACCAUUCAGGGUCCUUACAAGAACCUUGCAGUCACUAACAACAUGCGGUUCGCCUGCUCCACAAAUGGCGAUAACACCAUGAAGAUUUGGUCCCUUACCCAGGAGGACGAGAAAUACUCGGUAUCUCAUUCAGACGAGAUCACCUGCUUCGAGAUCAGUGCGGACAGCAUGCACAUCAUAACCGGAUCUAGGGACAUGUCACUAAAGAUUUGGCAGUCCACAGGGGGCAAACUCAGCCAGGUCCUGGUGGGUCAUAGUGAUGCGGUGACCUGUGUUGCCGUCUCGGUUACCAAUAAGACUCAGGUGAUAUCAGGAUCAAAGGACAUGAACUUGAUUAUUUGGGAUCUGCUAACAGGCGAGGAGGUUCACACACUCGCAGGACAUUUAGGGCCUGUGAUUGGAGUCAAAGUGUCGGCUGACGGCUCCACGGCGGUCUCGGGAAGCGAUGACAAAACUUUGAUCGUAUGGGAGACGAAGCGCGGAUUGGCCUUGACUUCACUUCAAAUGCAUGUGCCCUUUACACAUUUCGACAUCAGUCUGGAGGUGUCACGUGUUCUCGUCCAAUUGGUUGAUAGCUACAAUCUUCCAGUGAUCUGUCUGCACAAUACACCGGCGCAAUAUGUCAAGUUGCCCAUAUAUUCGGGACCCGCUAAAGAUGUGGAUGAUCUUCGUCCCCAAGGUCCCAAGCGGCAAAUGAAACGACUCCUCAAGAAGGAAGUCUCAUUAGAUACUUAUACAUGGCAAAAGAAAUAUGGACACUUAACCUCAUCCGUGAUGAUGGCCCAAGUGGACGAGCGUCUGAAGCGCCGAUUCAGCGUGUCAGCUAGUAUGGAAGAGAUUUCCAAAAUUGCCGAGACCAAAACAGGAACCUCCCAAGCCAACCUCGGACCCGAACAAGCGGCUCUGGCCCAAUCGCAGCACUUUGAUCAGCUUGAAGCCUUAUGGAACAAACGAUCCCCACCGCGAAGACGUCACAAUGCGGGCCUGUCGCGGCAGACCUCUCUGGUGGAGGACCGCCUGGAGUCGUCCGAUGACGAUGAAUACCAGGAUGAGCGAGCAGGUAUGUUGUCAGCCUCCUACGACCACAUCCAUCUACUUGCACGCUUGCCGGGCCUGCGAUCCCUGCACGAUGCAUGGAAGACGAAUAGCUUGCGAGUGUCCCGUACCCGAACAAAAUUCUAUGUGAAUACGCCGCCACACCACAACAGCUGCGAUCAACUGACACAAACAACCACUACAACGACCACCCGACCAGCUACAGACGAACCUCAUUCAUAUCAGCGUGACCGGGUGGCCCCAGACUUAGUGAGAGAUUUGCUCCAGCACCCCUUGUCCGUGUCCACAGCGACAGCUGAGUCUGAAUCUCCACGACAUAUAACCCUUCGUCAGCUCUUCCACUGGCCCAGCAUCAAGUCGCAUCUGUGGCGCAGUCAACGGCAACGCAAUUGCCAGUCCCUCCAGCCCCACAUCCGACUCAAUCAGCCACAUCGUGUUCGACCCACACCCAUAAUUGUGGUGGAGAACUGCGACAGCCGACGAAUCCAACGUCUGCGCACGGAUCUUGUCCUUCAUCCCAAGUCCCGACAGGCUUCGCUGGGGCAUAUUGAGGCAGCCAAUGUGGCACUGCCUCAGGGCAAAAAGCCUCCCACUUCCACGUCCUCCUCUGAGUCAUGCGGCUAUUUCACUCGACGCUGGCAAGUUUUUCGAGGCAAAUCAAAUACCCCCGUCCCACGCCACUCUACGCCAAGCCCGAAUUCCAAUCCCCAAGAACCGGCGCCAGCGACUUGCAAUGAAUGCGUGACCCAAUGACAGAAUGGGAAACAGAACGAACCCACAGCCACACCAAAACCAAAAAACCAAAAACCCAGCAAUGUUACACUGCACGAAUAUUAUUUCACUUACUUUAUUUCGUAAAGUUAAUUCUAUUUGAAGUUCUUGCCAUGCAUAGAUAUUGAGUAUUCCUAGCUGUAGCCACCACUUCUUCUCUUUUUAUUAUUUUUUUAUG